GGCGGCUCUGAGCGGGCGUCGCCAUGGGCUGCGGGGGCAGCCGGGCCGACGCCAUCGAGCCCCGCUACUACGAGAGCUGGACGCGGGAGACCGAGUCCACCUGGCUGACCAACACGGACUCCGAGAGCCCGCCGCAGGAGGGCGGCAGCGCCGAGGGCCCCGGCCGGGAGCAGGGCGGCCCUCGCCCCGGUCUUCUGGAGGAUGGCAAACUGGCUCACACAGGGGUACCUGCAGCAUCAGCCACAGCUGGAAUGCUGAAUGCUGAGAAGAGGAGCAACUGUGGCUCUCAGUGUGCAAACCCCAUGAUCCACAACAUGGGAGCUACAGCACAGAGACAGAAUGGCUUCAGGACCACUGAGAGUAAAUGGGACACACAGAAAACGUCCACACAAGAAGUCGCCAUUAACGUUACAAAAGGCAUCAGACAAAGUGACAGAAGAAAGACAAAGAAUUGUGCCAAUUAAUGAAGAAAAUUGCAGGUGAGGAUGGACUUAACAAAGCUUCACUGCACUUUAAAUGUCAGUUCACUGAAGACAUGAAGAUCUCCAGGUGUUCCAGGUUGAAUACAGCAGACAGCUGCUACUGAGUGCCUCCAGAAGCAGGUCUUGUGGAAACCAGCUGCAAGCACCAUAGACAUUACAGUGUUUGUCUAAAGACAGACAUAGUCAUUUGUCUAAAGCAGUGGCACUGCACAGACGUACACAUAAAACCCAUUGUAUUUGUUUUUUACUGACUUUCAUGUUAUCCCUUGUGUAUGUCCUGUUCCACAUUGCUAUUAAGAUGAGGCUGGAUAAUAAGGGGUACAGCUCAUCACAAUUAAAACCAGGAAAUGAACAAAUGAAUCUGAAUUUUUAGUCAUAAAGUUGUUUUGAGUGUGGACAUUUAAACCAAGAGUUCAUUUAAAGCACUCACAUAUUUUAAAACACAAGCCCAGACAUCUCAAGAAAGUGAGACUAAAGUCUAGUCUUCCACUAAAUCUCUUUUCAAUUAUAUAUAGGUUAAAUAUAGUUAAGUCAUACAGUAAUGUUUUUAUAUAGUAAAUGUUCAAUUACUUAGUUUUAAUUUAUUGUUUGUAUUGACAUAAUUUUGGUCUUAAAAAUAGUAACUUUCAUAUUGAUCAGCCUUACUUGAAGGUCCUAGUCUCAACUAGUAAGUAGAGUUGUGGCUACUUGGUUGUUUUAUAAAUGCCCCUUUGAUUAUGUUGAAGCCCAGUCUGCCUAGGAAAAAAGUUACCAUUUAUAUUACAAGAAAAUAACCACAAUCUUUAAAGUCAUAUUCUAAUGUCAGUUCAAAAAGUUAACUUUCUUUCAUAAGAUAUAAUAAAUUCACUGUGCUGAACUUAUUUAAUACAUUGUGAGCAUACCGUGCCACAGUACUCUAUGAUUAUAUUAAAUAUAUAUCUAAAAAGAAUAUAAAUGUUCAGUAUAGUGAAGUCUAGGAAUUAAUUCAACAUAUUACUUCUUAAUAUGGAAGUAAUAAUAUAUAUUCUCUGUGAGUUUGCAUGUUUAUGAAGAUAAAAGAGGUAAAUUUAUUUGCCUCCUCUAUCAGACAUAUAUCCAUAUAUCCAUAAUAUACAUCCAUAUAUAUGUGUGUAUAUAUAUAUAUAUGGAUGUAUAUUAGUAUCCUUAAAGGGCCAUUUAAAAGAACUGCUCAAAACAAGCAUAAAAGAAUAGAAUUGUGAACUGAGCCCUACUUUAUUCUGUAUUAGGAUCAUUUUAAUAGCUUGCUGCUUAUGUGUGUGAGUUACUUUCCUUGUUGUACAACAAGUCUAUGCAAUAGGAUUUGUUUAUUAAUUACUCCAACAAAAAGGCAAACUGGAAUCCAGAGUUAGAGCCAGAAUUUUGCAUACCAUAGCAUAUUCUGAAAGGAUUUACUGGCAGAGAGAGUGCAGUAUAAACUUAUAUGAUACAAGAAAGCUACAGAAAGUGAUUAAUGAUCCUGAUGUGUUUAAGGAUAAACAGGAUUUUGAAGGAAGGCAAAAGGGAAGGUUUGUUGGGUAAGAAGCUGUUCCAGAGAUUGUGGCCUUGGGUGGAUACCACAUUAGAGUGAGUAGAUGCAAGAACAAAGGAGUCCUGGCAGUGAGAGUCUUUAUUAGCUAAGAAAUUAUUUAGUGAGGAUUGCUGAGCAGAUGUGUCACACGGCUCGGGUCACACCACAGGAGGAAGCCCAUGAGCUGCAUGGCACAUGAGGCAGCCCUGGCUCAUGCCAGCAGCCAUCAGGGAGGCAGCUCUUGAGCCUUCUAUUCCCAGCAUGAGCUGUGACAGGAUGCUUUGCAGGAGAUGGCCUUGGUACACAAUUAUCUGGGCAACAGCACAGACCUUGCUGCCCACAUCUCCCAUCGGGGAAGCAGCUGCGGAGUGCUGGAUGCUGCCUGCCCUGGCCUGCUCAUGAUAAUGUUCCUGAGCUACUCCAAGAUCCCCUAAACCUGUUUAUAUCCUGAAACUUAACUUUAUGACAUUCAAAGAUUGGAUCCAACUUCUGUGGUAAAAGCCAUGUUCAGUAAUAAGCAAUUUUAUCCACACUCCCCAUGUAAUACAUUACUGUUCUCAUUCAUUAGGCAUUAGUAACUGAAAAGUAAUUACAUUCUGUCCUAGGUGGCUUCUUAUUGUUUGAUGUGCAAGCUUCCAAUGACCUUAAUAAAAAUAAGAGCAUGUUGUGGAUAUGUAGAUCUUGCUUCUGUACACAGAUUGGGAUGUACUUAUGUUUACUUUCUUUCUCCUAGAGAUAACCACAAGUAGAAACAACCAAUUUAUAAAAUAAUACCCCACUCUGUAUAAUUAGGGUGACAGAAUCUAGUCUAUACUACUUUAGACAAUUUAAAGUCCUCAUAAUAGAUUCCCACAUUAGUUUUAGUGGAAGAAGCAAGCCCAAAGGAUCAUAUGGACAUUUUCACUCCAGUGGCCUUCCUAGAAAUGAGGAGUCUUAUUUACAGGGUCUGUUCUUUGAGCAUCAUCUUUCAAAUAUAAAUGGCUCAAAGACAUCAAAUAAAAUAACCAUGUUAAAAGACAUGGACUUUCAGAUGAAGGACCUGUGGGCAUGUCUGUCUUAUAUGUCAGGAUUUUUUAAAUGUAAUUUUCCCCAAAAAGGCAUUAUUGCCACAUAAUUUAUUUGACAUCCCUUGGCUGCCCAUGAAGAUUUCUACAGGCACACUGAAACAACACACUUUCUGCUGGAAUGAUUUGCCAACAGAUGGUGAGUUCUUAUGAUUUAUCUAAGUUCAGAUUUUAAACAGAAAGGAACUUUGUCACAUUUCCACAAUUCUAACACAAUAUAUACAUAGGAUUUUCCUAUAUAUCUUGAUAGAUCUUCCUCCACUAUGUGAGAAAUGGAAUCAUUCAAAAGCAAGAGGAUAUUGUCUAAAGAGAGAGGAUUUAGAGAUAACAAUUCAUCAUGAGGCAAAUAAUUGUUCUCAAAGACUCAGUACAGCUUUAUCUUGCACUAUUCCUUCAUCUUCUCCCUUAUGAUUCCUUAAUGUAUUUCAUCAUUUCAGCAUCACUGUAGGACACUGAAGGAAGACACACAAUUUUAAUGUGUGACUGAAAUGAUUUUGUACUGACAUAAAUAGGAAACUAUAAUUAUUGUGUAAGCAAUAUAUGAGUACUGCAUUAAACAUGCAUUCUUGUUAGUAGAAUUACUGAGAUUUCAUAAAAACCAGGACACAGGUAGUUUUGAUCUUUCUAGUAUGCUCAUAUACAUAUUUCUUUGUGCAUGUCUCUGCAUGUGUAUUUUGUAAUGUCUUUAGUGUGUGCUUCUGCACUUCAGGCACGUUUUUUUGAGAACCUUUAAUUUCUGUUUGUAAUUCUGAUACCCAAGUGUAAAAUAUUUUAUUGUUUGAACUGAAAUUUGUUUUACAUGCUUUAUGAAAAGAAUGAGAUAUAUCAUUUGUGCACAGAAAUGGUAUUUGAAAAAGCAGGCUUAGUUUUAUUUACAAAUACAUCUAAAUUCAAACUAGACUAACUGGAACAUUUUUGUACUCUUUACAAAUUAAUGAAGAUUGACCUUAAAUUUGAAAAUAAAAUAAAGAACAUUUUUAAAGUGUCUGUUUA